AUGGCUCAAAAACAACAAACUUUAGGUAGAUUUUUUGGAGGAUCACCUACUCAAGAAGCUAAAACAAGUCCAAAAAAAACUAAAAUUACUCCACCUUCAUCACCAUCUACCAAAAGACAAAAACUCAAUGAUGAGGAAAAAGAAAAUCAAAAAGCCACGACAAUAUCAAAACUAGAAAAUUUAUCAAAAUCAUUAAAUAAUACAAAUGACGGAAAAUUACAAUCCUCAUCAACUACUUCAUCAUCUAAAAUCCCAUAUUCUUCAUUGACUGAUGUUAUGGAAAAAAUUGAACACGAAUCAGGUAGGUUAAAAAUGAUUGAAAUAAUAAGUCAAUAUUUUUUAGAAAUUUUAAAUACAGAAACUGAUAUAAUGAAAUUGGUCAAAAUCGUAUAUUUAUUUAUAAAUAGAUUAGGACCAGAUUAUGAACCAGAUUUGGAAUUGGGAUUAGGAGAAACAUUACUAAUCAAAGCAAUUGGUCAAUGUUAUGGAAGAGAAUCAAAUAAAAUCAAAGAAGAUUUGAAAGAAUUAGGGGAUUUAGGUAUAGUUGCUCAAAAAUCAAGAAGUGGUCAAUCAACUAUGUUCAAACCUGUACCUUUAGAUAUUGAUACAGUGUUUGAUAAUUUAACAAAAAUUGCAAAACUGACUGGUAAAGAUUCACAAAGUAAAAAAAUAGGUAUUAUUAAUAGAAUGUUAAAUUCAUGUGAUGCAAAACAUUUUGAAGCUAAAUUUUUAAUAAGAUCAUUAGAAGGUAAAUUAAGAAUUGGAUUAGCUGAUAAAACUGUAUUAACUGGUUUAGCACAAGCUUUUUUGGUGUAUGAAAAUGGUAAAAAAGAACAAGGUAGUAAAAGAAUAAACCCUAAUGAUCUCACAAAAGCUGAAGAUAUUUUUAAAGAAGCAUUCAACGUGUUACCAAAUUAUCAAAUAUUAAUUGAAAAAUCUUAUGAAUUUGGAAUAUUAAAUUUAUUAGAUCAUUGUCAAAUAACACCAGGUAUUCCAUUGAAACCAAUGUUAGCAAAACCAACAAAAUCAAUGGGGGAAGUACUAGACAGAUUUCAAGACGAAAAAUUUACAUGUGAAUAUAAAUAUGAUGGAGAAAGAGCUCAAGUUCAUCUAUUAUCUGAUGGUACAGUUAGAAUUUAUUCAAGAAAUUCUGAAAAUAUGUCAGAAAGAUAUCCAGAUUUAAUUUCAGUUAUAAAAGAUCUUAGUAAAACUCAAGAACAUACAUCAAUGAUAUUAGAUUGUGAAGCAGUUGCAUGGGAUAAAAUAAACAAUAAAAUCUUACCAUUUCAAGUAUUAUCAACUAGAAAAAGAAAAGAUGUAGCAGAGAAAGAUAUUAAAGUGAAUAUUUGUAUAUUUGCAUUUGAUUUGUUAUAUUAUAAUGAUCAAUCAUUACUUACAAAACCAUUAAGCGAAAGAAGAGAAAUUAUGUUUCAUCAUUUAAAACCAUUAGAAGGAAAAUUCCAAUUUGCAGAAUCAAAAGAUUCAACUUCUUUAGAAGUAUUACAACAAUUUUUAGAUCAAAGUAUUCGUGAUUCAUGUGAAGGACUAAUGGUUAAAAUGUUGGAAGGUAAUGAAUCUUAUUAUGAGCCUUCUAAAAGAUCAAGAAAUUGGUUAAAAUUGAAAAAAGAUUAUCUUGCUGGUGUUGGAGAUUCUUUAGAUCUUGUUGUUAUUGGUGCUUAUAAUGGUAAAGGUAAAAGAACUGGAACUUAUGGUGGAUUUUUAUUAGCUUCUUAUAAUCAAGAUACUGGAGAUUUAGAAACAACUUGUAAAAUAGGUACAGGUUUCAGUGAUGAAGAUCUUUUAAAUUUAUAUCAAAAAUUAAAUCCAACAGAAAUUUCAAAUGCUAAAACAAAUUUUAUAUAUGAUAAAAAUAGUUCUAAUGCAAAACCUGAUGUCUGGUUUGAACCCACAAUGUUAUUUGAAAUUUUAACUGCUGAUUUAUCAUUAAGUCCAAUUUAUAAAGCUGCUCAUCAAGAAUAUGGUAAAGGUAUAUCAUUAAGAUUUCCAAGAUUUUUAAGAGUUAGAGAUGAUAAAGGGAUUGAAGAUGCUACUAGUUCUACUGAAGUUGCUGAAUUUUAUGAACGUCAACAACACGUAAGUGGGAAAUAA